AGAGAGAAUAUACUCGUAGGGGUGCGGACCGUAUUGCGUGUCGAACAGCUAUUUCAAGUAAAUUGACAGCCAUUAAAAGAGUGACUGGCAGCGGCUCUUCUCGCUCGGUCUCACUCCCGUCAAACGCGAACCGAGAACAGAUCGAAGAAAAGAAGCUCACAACCAUGUCCAUCUCCGACUCUGGCCGCUCUUCGCUUUCCUGCCAAAGAUUACAUGGGAAGGUUGCCUUGGUCACCGGUGGAGCAACUGGAAUUGGAGAGAGCAUUGUGCGCCUAUUCCACAAGCAUGGUGCGAAGGUUUGUAUCGCCGACGUGCAAGAUAACCUGGGUCAUCAGGUCCUGGAAUCUCUUGGUGGGGAACAUAGUGUUUCCUAUGUGCACUGUGAUGUCACCCUUGAAGAUGAUGUUCGCCGUGCAGUCGAUGGAACAGUCAGUAAAUUCGGUACGCUCGAUGUGAUGGUCAACAAUGCUGGGACAUCUGGCCCGCCAUGUUCAGACAUCCGUAAUGUAGAAUUGUCUGAUUUCGAGAAGGUGUUCGAUUUAAAUGUGAAAGGGGUUUUCAUCGGAAUGAAGCAUGCCGCCCGUAUUAUGAUCCCGCAGAAGAGCGGUGUCAUAAUUUCUAUAAGCAGUGUUUGUAGUGUCAUAGGGGGCUUGGGCCCACAUGCGUACACCGGGUCCAAGCAUGCCGUUGUGGGGCUGACCCAAAAUGUCGCGGCCGAGCUGGGAAAGCAUGGGAUACGCGUGAACUGCGUCUCUCCCUAUGCAGUUGCGACAGGCCUGGCAGUGGCUCAUUUGCCCGAGGAGGAGCGAACUGAAGAUGCCAUGGUGGGCUUUCGCUCCUUCGUCGCUAGGAAUGCCAACUUGGAGGGAGUCGAGCUGACAACAGGCGAUGUGGCGAACGCGGUCCUCUUUCUGGCCAGUGAUGACGCGAGGUACGUGAGCGGGCUUAAUCUCAUGGUAGAUGGGGGUUUCACAUGUUCGAAUCACACUCUCCGAGUCUUCAGAUGAUCAAUUUGGGACUUAUGCACUGUGCAUACCAUGCUGCAUCCUGCCUCAAUUGUUGUUACUUGGAUCUUGGUGGGUUGUUUCAUCAGGUAUGGAUCAAGGACCAACAGGGUGCACUGGAUCUUAGCAUGGCUAAGGGUAUUUAUGAGGCCUUUGCUUCUGCCCCACUUGUUGAAGAUGAAUUCGAAUUGUUUUCCUUUACCAUUCGCACAUUUCCUGAUCUUUGUUUUGACCUGCAAUGACUUCUGUAAUAAAGGGUCAACUAUCGUGCAAUAUCAGCACCCGUGUAAUAUUAAGUGUAGUCGUGAUUAGUGUUUUGGCUC